CCGCCCUGCCGCCCUGCGCCCUGGUGGAUUUAGCUCUAAACGCCGGCUUGAAGCAGCAGGCAGGCAUCUUGGCGGCGGGUGAGGCAGCUGUUCCAUCCUGACCGGUGUGGUGUGUUCGCAGGCAUCAGGUGCUCAGACCUGGGUGAAGGGGAAGGGAAAGAGGUUGGGUUUCAAAGGAAUCCAGGGUGGGGGUCGGCUGCCCUGGAGCUCUCGUUAGCCCGGCCCAGACCCUCUGGAGUCUGCUCAGGCCCAUAGGGGUCCCCAAGGGGCCCAGCUCGGCCUAGAUGGAGCUUAUACUGCUGCUGCCUCAGUCUUCCCUGCUGCUGUUGCUGCUGCCUGGGGUGCCUGCAACCAGCCGGGACUGGCAAUGCCCACGCAUACCCUACGCAGCUUCCCGAGACUUUGACGUGAAGUACGUGGUGCCCAGCUUCUCCACUGGCGCCCCAGUACAGGCCUUGGCAACCUAUGACGGCGGCCGGGACGGGAGUGCUGUGUUUGUGGCCACACGCAAUCGCCUGCAUGUGCUUGGGCCUGACCUGCAGUCUGUGGAGACCCUGGCCACAGGUCCUGCUGGAGACUCUGGCUGCCAGACAUGUGCAGCCUGUGGCCCCGGCUCCCAUGGCCCACCAGGUGACACAGACACACAGGUGCUGGUGCUGGAGCCAGCACUGCCUGCCCUGGUCAGCUGUGGCUCAAGUCUGCAGGGCCGCUGCUUCCUGCAUGAGCUGGAGCCAGAUGGGACAGCCCUGCACCUGGCUGCACCAAUCUGCCUCUUCUCAGUCCACCACAACUGGCCUGAGGACUGCCCCGACUGUGUGGCCAGCCCGCUGGGGACCCGAGUGACCGUGGUUGAGCAAGGCCAGGCCUCCUACUUCUAUGUGGCAUCCUCACUGGACCCAGCUGUGGCUGCCAGCUUCAGCCCACACUCGGUGUCCAUACGGCGCCUCAAGGCAGAUGCCUCUGGAUUUGCACCUGGUUUUCCCGCGCUGUCAGUGCUGCCCAAGUACCUUGCCUCCUACCAAAUCGAGUAUGUGCACAGCUUCCAUUCAGGAGUAUUUGUCUACUUUCUGACCGUGCAACCGGCCAGUGUGACAGAUGCACCUGGUGCCCUGCACACACGCCUGGCACGGCUCAGUGCCACCGAGACAGAGCUGGGAGACUACCGGGAGCUAGUCCUUGACUGCCGCUUUGCUCCUAAACGCCGACGCCGUGGGACCCUAGAGGGUCAACAGCCUUAUCCAGUGCUUCAAGCAGCCCACACAGCACCAGUGGGCGCCCAACUUGCCACUGAGCUGAGCAUCACUGAAGGCCAGGAAGUGCUAUUUGGGGUCUUUGUAGCUGCCAGAGAUGGCAGCCCUGGCGUGGGCCCCAACUCUGUCGUCUGUGCCUUCCCCAUUGACCUGCUGGACACCCAAAUCGAUGAGGGUGUGGAGCGCUGUUGUGAAUCCCCAGUGCACCCAGGCCUCCGACGAGGACUUGACUUCUUCCAGUUGCCCACUUUUUGCCCCAAUCCGCCUGUCCUGGAGACCACCAGCCCCAACACCAGCUGCCACCACUUCCCUCUGCUGGUCAGUAGCAGCCUCUCACGUGUGGACCUAUUCAACGGGCUAUUGGGACCAGUGCAGGUCACGGCAUUGCACGUGACACGCCUUGACAAUGUCACAGUGGCCCAUAUGGGCACAACUGAUGGGCGUAUCCUGCAGGUGGAGCUGGCCAGGUCACACAACUACUUGCUGUAUGUGUCCAACUUCUCACUGGACAGCAGUAGGCAGCCUGUGCAGCGGGAUGUCAGUCGUCUUGGGGACCACCUAUUCUUUGCCUCUGGGGACCAGGUGUUCCAGAUACCUAUCCGGGGCCCUGGCUGCCACCACUUCCUCACCUGUGGACGUUGCCUGCGGGCACAGCGCUUCAUGGGCUGUGGCUGGUGUGGGAGCAUGUGUGGCCGGCAAAAGGAGUGUCCUAGCUCCUGGCAACAAGACCACUGCCCGCCUGAGCUUACUGAGUUCUACCCCCAUAGUGGACCCCAAAGGGGCAGUACAAGGCUAAUCUUGUGUGGCUCCAACUUCUACCUGCGCCCUGCCAGUCUGGUUCCUAAAGGAACCUAUCAGAUCACUGUGGGCCACAGUCCCUGUCAGCUGUUGCCCAAGGAUACCACAAAACUCAGCCUCGUGCCCCGGAAGGACUUUGUAGAGGAGCUUGAGUGUCAGCUGGAGCCCUUGAGCACCCAGGCAACGGGGCCUACUAACGUCAGCCUCACCGUGACUAACAUGCCACCAGGCAAGCACUUUCGUGUGGAUGGCACCUCCAUGCUGGGAGGCUUCUCUUUUGUGAAGCCAAUGCUGACAGCAGUGCAACCCCACUUUGGCCCACGGGCAGGGGGGACCUGUCUCACCCUUGAAGGUCAGGGCCUGUCUGUAGGCACUAGCCGGGCUGUGCUUAUCAAUGGGACUGAGUGCCUACUAAAACGAGUCAGCGAGGGACAGCUUUUAUGUGCCACGCCCCCUGGGGUUGCCAUAGCCAGUGUCCCCCUUAGCCUGCAGGUGGGGGGUGCCAAGGUACCUGGUUCCUGGACCUUCCACUACAGGGAAAACCCCAUUGUGUUGGGCAUUAGCCCCAACUGUGGCUACAUUGGCUCCCAUGUCACCAUCCAUGGCCAGCAUCUGACUUCAGCAUGGCAUCUAGUGCUGUCAUUCUUUGAUGGGCUUAAGGCAGUGGAGAACAGGCAGUGUGAGGGGCAGCUUCCGGAGCAGCAGCAGUGCCGCCUGCCUGAGUAUAUGGUCCGAGCCCCCCAGGGGUGGGUGACAGGGAAUCUGAGUGCUUGGGGGGAUGGAGCUGUUGGCUUUACACUGCCUGGCUUUCGCUUCCUAUCCCGACCUCAUCUACCCAGUGCCAACCUAUUUCCGCUGAAACCUGGGGAGCAUGCCAUUAAGUUUGAGUAUAUUGGGCUGGGUGCUGUGGCUGACUGCGUCAAUGUGAACGUGACCGUGGGUGGUGAGAGCUGCCAGCACAAGCUCCUGGGGGAUGUGGUUGUCUGUCCCCUGCCUCCAUCCCUGCAACUUGGCAAGGAUGGCGCCCCACUGCAGGUCUGUGUGGAUGGUGGAUGUCACAUAUUGGGUAGUGUGGUACGGCCAGACCCAGAAGGAGUCCCACAGAGCAUGCUCCUUGGUGUCCUACUGGCUUUGCUCCUACUUGUGGCUGCACUGGUCACUGUGCUGGUCUUCAACUACUGGCAGUGGAAGAAGCAACUAGUUUCUUCACCCAACCCAGAUGUCCUGGAAUCCCUGGAUCAUACUGCUGAAGUCAUGCACCUGCCUGUGCUCCACUUGGGCUCUGACUGCAGAAAUGGCCUUGAACUCCCUGCCAUUGAUGGUCUGUAUUCCACUACUCGGGUUAACUCCUUCUCAGACAGUGAAGAUGGAUCCUGUGUUCCACUGCUACAGAAAGAGUCCAUCUGGCUCAGGGACCUGGACUCUGCGCUCUUGACUGAGGUCAAGGAUGUGCUGAUUCCCCAUGAGCGGGUGGUCACCCAUAGUGACCGAGUCAUUGGCAAAGGCCACUUUGGAGUUGUCUACCAUGGAGAAUACAUAGACCAGGCCCAGAAUCACAUCCAUUGUGCUAUCAAGUCACUGAGUCGCAUCACAGAAGUGCAAGAGGUAGAGGCCUUCCUUCGAGAGGGGCUGCUAAUGCGUGGCCUGCACCAUCCAAAUGUGCUUGCUCUCAUUGGUAUCACAUUGCCACCUGAGAAGCUGCCCCAUGCGCUGCUGCCCUAUAUGUGCCAUGGAGACCUGCUUCAGUUCAUCCGCUCACCUCAGCGGAACCCCACUGUGAAGGACCUCAUUGGCUUUGGCCUACAGGUAGCCUGUGGCAUGGAGUACCUAGCACAGCAGAAGUUUGUACACAGGGAUCUGGCUGCACGGAACUGCAUGCUAGAUGAGUCAUUCACAGUCAAGGUGGCUGACUUUGGUCUGGCCCGAGGCAUCCUGGACAAAGAGUACUAUAGUGUUCGACAGCACCGCCACGCUCGUCUACCUGUCAAAUGGAUGGCACUGGAGAGCCUACAGACCUAUAGAUUUACCACCAAAUCUGAUGUGUGGUCAUUUGGUGUGCUGCUGUGGGAACUGCUGACACGGGGUGCCCCACCAUACCCCCACAUUGACCCUUUUGACCUCGCUCACUUCCUUGCCAAGGGUCGGCGCCUGCCCCAGCCUGAGUAUUGCCCCAAUUCUCUGUACCAGGUGAUGCGGCGAUGCUGGUCGAUGGACCCAGAAGAGAGACCUACAUUUGGAGCACUAGUAAGGGAAGUGGAACGGGUAGUAGCCGCACUACUUGGAGACCAUUAUGUGCAGCUCCCCGGAACCUAUGUGAACCUGGGCCCUGGAACCUCAGAUGAGGUGAACCUGCUCCCAGAAUAGCCACUGUCCCCACCUGUGCACAGGAGCACAUGACAGCCCCAACCACUCUCAGAGCCACCUCAGUCUACUUGACCUAAUCCCUGGGCUGGACCUUCUUAGCAGCCUGGAGCUUACCCCAAGUUGCCUCUGGGCCACGCCAGGCUGGAGUGCAGUGGACCUCCACCUGUCCCUGCCCUUUAACCUUCAGAGGCGAUAGGUGAGUAGGGCACAUUAGAUCCUUCUCUCCACAGAGUGAACCAGUUAGGGCAACGCUCCUGAAACAUGUAUUUAUAGAGUGCUUGCUAUGUACCAUGUCUGCUGGGCACAGGGUCUCAGCAGUAACUAUACAGACACUGACUUUUCAACCAGUAAAGGAACAAAUUAAUGUUUAAGUACAAAUUGUUAUAAAUGAUGUAAAAGAAUGACAGGUGGCUGCUUUGAUGAAAAGGAAAACUGCUUUAAAUAGAAAUGUAAAUAGAGAGGUGAAGGAUGCCUCUCAGAAGGUGACAUUUUUGCUGAGGCACUAUUAGGUGGGGAAAAGCCACAAGAAUCAGAGUUAGAGAAAGAGAGUUUUUAGCAGUAUGAGCAGCACACACAAAGCCUCUAAAGCCGGAAUGGGGUUGAAUCAAUAAGAAGACUCCAGAUAGGCUUAGGGCAGUGG